CAUUACAUUAGCAUUUUUUAUUUAUAUUUACAAUACCUUCCUUAAAAUUACAAAGCAUUACACAAAUGAAAAAUAUCUUUGAUGCGAGAGGGACAUAGAAUGACACCAUAGGUGAUUGUAAAAUUUUAUAUGUUUUGGUUAGGCCAAUCAACCUUUCAAUAUGUGCCCUUUGACUAGCUAAUUGAUGGUCUCGUUUCAAUACAAAACCAGGUAAUUGAGACUUUCCUUUUAAAAAAGCCGGUAUGUUUACAGCAAUAUUCUUUACCGCAAACAAGUCUUGCACAUUGAAGCCUCUGUCUGCCAUUAUGCUGUCUCCUUCAUCAAGAUUGAGCUCCGUUCUAUCAUCUGCCUGUCACUGGUUGCCCCACCAUACCCUUGAGAACAAUAACAUAUAAGACCACCUGGGGUUGAUCCUACCAAAAACUUUAUGGUAUUCGUGUUUUUAUAUGAACUGUAUGUGGCUCUUUGCGCUGUGGGAUUACUAGGCUUUGCAAUUGGCACCUCUGUUGCAUCUAUGAUGACUCUAGUUUUACUGCUUUCCCUUCUGAAGAUUAUUGGCAUGUAAAAGUCCACUAAAUCUCGCCGUGGCCAAAUAUCAAUUAAUGACCAUACAUCAUUCACAAAGUGAAUCCAAGUCACUAUUAUAUUUGACACCUCUGUUUUGCUGAUAUUAAACAUUUUGGAAAGUUCAUAAUCAGGUUUGUUUCUUCUUAACUUGAUUAAUAAUAUCAGGAACUGGUCUUCCACUGACACAGAAAUCACUUUAGACCAGCGAUAUUUUAAAUUAUUACCCAUAGGUAAAAGUGUGUUCAAUAGCAUAUGAAAUUUUUGGUAUGAUUCAAUGCCCGUAUAAAACAUUAUAGCCUCAUUGUCCGUCAGUAACAGCUCAGUGGAAAACAUUUUUAAAGUUACACUUGUUUGUGUGCUAGCUGAUUUCUGCUGCACUGAAUCAUUUGGAACUUCUCCAUCGUUAAUGGCCUGUUCUUCUAUACAUUCUUCACAAGCAACGUCAGGAACAAGUGAUGAUGCAAGUUCUUGUUCAUCGGGGAUCAUUUUUUCUGUCACCUGUGCUGAAGUUGAUGGUUCGAAAAGCGAUUUUCGAACAUUACGAGCUCUUAAUCGAUCAUCACGUGCUUGAGCUUCUUUUGAGAGUGUGGUCUUACUCCAAGGAAACACAGAUGGGACCGCAGACUUCUUCAGAUAUCGGUGCUGAUGUUUUGUUCCUGAAACCGAGCAUUAAUUACAAAUAAGUAAAUAUAUUUAUAACAAAAGGUCAGUUAUAUUUAUUUUAAAGGAUUAAUAUUCAUUAAAGUUAAAUACCUGUGUAAAUACUCGUUUUUUGAUAAUCGGUUUCUAGGAAAUGAAGACGACAUAACCUCGAUUUUUUGUCGGGAUUGAAGUUUUGUCUUCUAAUUGCUUUUAAUCACAUUUUUUUUUAUUUUAGCAUCUUUAGGAAAUAGAUGCGCUCCUAUUUCCUUGCACAAAGGCACUUCACACAUCUUCGGCAUUGUAAAAUUGAACAAAUUAAUAACUAUGCACUGUAAAACAAAGCGUCUUCGGUACAAGCUAUGCUAGCGCCACUUUGACAGUUGCCAACCCCAUUACCAAAGCCGAAGCCAUUUCCAGUCUUCGUAUCCAUAUUGAAAGAGUCAUAAGAAGAGUUUGGCUCUUCACUUUUUUAAAACCCCAUUCUACAAUAAAUAAUAAACUUGUUAACAAUACAGUGUAGAUGAUGCAGCUACAGUAGCUUGUGGUUUACGCAACCUACAAUCACCCAUAAUAAAGAAUAAAUACAUUUAAGUGAUAUUAUUCAAUUUUUUUCUUUGCGGGUGUCAGUACCCGCACCUGGCACAUGUCUCUGUAUGUCUUGAGAAGCGGGCGCGUUACCCGUUGAGCUACCACCGCUCCGGUUAUAUUUUAUUUUACUAUCCUGUUUUCUUUCCUACAUAUUUUUUUAUUUGUACAGUAAUAAUCUUUAAUAGACAUAUAAAAAAAAAUCUUUUAGUUAUUCCCUUUAUUUUACACAUUCAAGCUGGGGAUACACAUGCCCGUAGCUUGCAAACUAGCAUACCAGCUCCUUGCAAGUGCCAGCUACAGUCAUGUGUAUUCACUAACUGGCAUGCCUGUUACUGGAGGCUAGGUAGUUGCAAGUGGCUAGCACAACAUUUGAUUUUCUUGCAUGCCCGUUGAGGGAGGGGACGCGGGGGGCUGCUAACCUGGCACGUGUGAACAGACGCGACAGUAGCUGACUCGUUGUAGCCGUAGGCGCACGUUUCUUUGUUAUCAUUUCGAAGGUCAAGUUUUUCUUUUGUGUUUUUGUAUUCAACAUGGCACGAUGGGGAGAUGAAAAAACUAUACAGUUCAUUCAUUUGUACAGAGAAUACGAAUGUCUUUGGAAGCCGACUAGCCCGCUUUACAAAAACAAAAUAGCCUACAGCAAAAUACAAGAAGAAUUAAAUCUGUCUGAAAAAGAAAUUAAAAAUAAAAUCAAAAGUCUGCGAAGUACAUACCACCAAGAAAGGAAUAAAGUGGAGGGUUCAAAACGAUCCGGAGCUGGAUACAGUAACAUUUACAAACCCAGUUUAAUUUGGUUUAAAGAAAUGGAUUUUAUAAAUGAAACUUUCGAAUAUAAAAACUCAAUCCAAACAGCUGUUGUAAGUACCUACUCUUUCGUUUUAACAUGUUUUUAUUAUGCUUGUUUCAAGCCUGAUCUCUCAAACACUCCUCCAUCUGAAGUAUGUACUAAAAAAUUACAGGUACAACAGUCCUCUCAAUCGAGCACUGAGCAAUCAGACCAGCAAUCCUCCUCUCAAACAGUCCAGCAAUCAGACCAGCAAUCCUCCUCUCAAACAGUCAACCCACCAAACAACGAAACAUUGACUGUUGCAGUCGACCAAUUACACUCAUCCGCUGAAGCAAGCACUACAAACGUGCAAGCACCAUCACCGUCUCUCCAGAACCAAAGACCCUCCUCUCACACUACAGCAGCCAACCAACCACAUAAAACUAGUCAGACUAAGAGAAAACGUGUACCGCAAAACGAAACCUUAACUGCACUUGAACGCUUGGAAAAUAUUGCUACUGCAAUCAAUAAUCCUGGAUCAAAUGAAAAACAAAAGGAUGAGUUUUAUUAUUUCGGACUAAGUGUUGCUGCUCAGUUAAGAUCAUUGCCAUUAAAUAACGCUCUGGAUAUGCAAUCCAAAAUUCAAAUUUUAUUAAGUACAGAAAGGUCUCGAUUGUCUACUUCAUAUUCUCAGCCAUCCACUCCGUAUUCUAACACAUCUAUAUAUUCUGAAGAAAUAGCAGCGUCUGCCGAUGAUCGAUUCAUACUCACAACACCCACGCAGUCAACAACUUGAACUUAAGAAUCAGGACAGAAUAUUUUUUCUCAAGCUUGGAAUAAUGCCUAAUGUAUAAUUAUGCUGAAAUAAAUAAAAUAUAUAAAUAUCAUGUUUUUACCCACUUUAAUAAAAUCCUUUAGUGCAGUAGCUAUUUCACUACUAACAACUGGAACGAACUGUGAAAUCGUCGAUUUUCCUACUCUGUACAAUGCUUCCAGAGAUGUAAAUGAAUCACCUGUAGCAGGCCUGUGUCACUCCGUGCGUGGGCGGCGCAGGCGCCAGCCUGGCGCCUGCCCCAUCGAGGGGGCGAAUCUAGUCGGCUGCCGCAAGCGGAAGACGAUACACGCGCGCGCUAUUUGUUCCUAUUUCGUACUAGUUUAUUUUAUUUAUUUAUAAAU